AUGCCAUUUGAUUCUCAAGAGGUAAACUUGUUUUAUGUGAUGAUCAAACUUUGGAAUGUGAUAUUGUUCUCUGUUCUAAGGAGAUAUAUAUUCGAAACCAUAUACUAUCAUGCAAUCAAAGCAUCUUCAGAGCUUGCUGCAAGGGAGGGCACCUAUGAGACAUACAAAGGAAGUCCCGUGAGUAAGGGAAUUCUUCAACCUGACAUGUGGUAUGUAACUCCAUCAAACCGCUGGGACUGGGCAGUUGUUAGAGAAAUGAUAUCAAAGAAUGGAGUGAGGAACUCUCUUUUAGUAGCACCUAUGCCAACUGCUUCAACCAGCAAGAUUUUUGGGAAUAAUGAAUGUUUUGAGCCAUACACUUCAAACAUCUACAGCCUCAGAGUCCUGAGGACUGUUUGGGAGAUUAAGCAGAGAACAGUGGUGGAGAUGGCUGCUGAUCGUGGAUGCUACAUAGACCAAAGCCAAAGCUUAAAUAUACACAUGGACAAACCGAACUUUGCAAAGCUCACUUCCUUACAUUUCUAUGCAUGGAAAAAGGGUUUGAAAACGGGGAUGUAUUACCUGCGAUCUUGUGCUGCUGCUGAUGCGAUAAAGUUCACAGUUGACACAGCUAUGCUAAAGGAGAAGAAGCCAAGUGUUGCAGAAGUUGACAAAGAAGUAGAAGAAGAGUACAAUGAAACUAAGAUGGCCCAAAUGGUUUGUUCCUUGACAAACCCUAAUGAUUGUCUCGCAUGUGGAAGUUAA